UUGAACUACACAGGGAGAUGCUCAUACGUUAACUCCAGUAGCUUUUACAUGAUGUGGUGAUUGUUCGCUGCUUUGAACAGGAACAGUCAUGGGAUGUGGCGUCACAAAGUCCAACCAGUUCCACAAAAACUCCGGAAAAGCCGUCACAACUAUAAAAUCUGCCGUCCUGAUUCAGCGAUGGUACCGUCAGUAUGUCGCCCGCAGAGAGAUGAGGCGGAGAUACACCUGGCACAUCUUCCAGUCCAUCGAGUACUCUGGAGAACAGGCUCAGAUAAAGCUUUACAACUUCCUCGGCUACCUGAUGGACAAUUUCACACCUGCAAGCAAUGAGCGGAAUUUGAUCUCGCACAUCUUCAGAGAGAACGAGGUCUGUCGGGACGCAGAGUGGGAGAGGUACUUCUGCUACAAGAACAUCGAGGUGCCGGAGAUUUACUCAGGACCUCACCUCACCUUCCCUCUGACGGUGGAGCAGGCGGUCGGGCUGGUGGAAGCCUUCAGAAACAAGAAACAGCUGCACUCGCGUUAUGUCCUCCAGCUCCUGCUUGAGACGUGGAAACAGCUCCGGAUGUUGCCAAAUAUCAACCGCAUCUCCACCUGCCACAGCAAAGAAAUCACUAUUUGUGGUGAUUUGCACGGACAACUGGAAGACCUGCUGCUGAUUUUCUACAAGAAUGACAUGCCGUCCUUGGAGAAGCCCUAUUUGUUUAACGGAGACUUUGUAGACCGAGGAAAAGACUCCAUUGAGAUCCUCCUCAUCCUGUUUUCCUUCCUGCUCGUCUAUCCGAGUGAAGUCUACCUCAACAGAGGAAACCACGAGGACCACAUAGUUAACCUGAGGUACGGCUUUACAAAGGAGGUGUUGUCUAAAUACAAGAUGCACGGCAAACGCAUCCUGAGGCUGCUGCAGAAGAUUUUCAGCUGGUUGCCGUUAGCGACGGUGAUCGACCAGAAGGUGCUGGUGCUCCACGGAGGGAUCUCCAACACCACAGACCUCAGCAUCCUCGCCAGAGUGGACAGACACAAAUACGUCUCAGCGCUGAGGCCCCCGAAGAAGAGACACCAGAGUAUAGUGGGGUUGUCCAUCGACGUGGACGUGGACGAGGACACCGUGUCCCACAACAAGGUCUUCCAGCGUCGGACCUCCCUCACGUUUCCCAAAGUUCUCUCCCGCGAUUGCUUCCAGAACCGCUCGCUGCGGGACUUCUCCGACCGGAUCAAAGUAAACACGGUGGACAAUGUGGAGCUCUGCCAGAGGAGACAGUCCAUUCUGAACCCGGUAAUCCACGGACCAGAGAAUGAGGCGGCUCAGUCUGCGUCCUGCGAGUCUAUCAACAGUGAGGACGAGUGGAAGCAGAUCCUUGACUUGCUGUGGAGCGACCCGAUGAACCAGGACGGCUGCGUACCCAACGAGGUGCGGGGUGGCGGCUGCUACUGGGGCCCCGACGUCACCGAGGACUUCCUGAACAGACACAACCUGCAGCUCAUCAUCCGCUCCCACGAGUGUAAACAGGAAGGUUACGAGUUCUGCCACAACCGUAAGGUCCUCACUCUGUUCUCCGCCUCAAAUUACUACGAUGUGGGAAGCAACCGGGGGGCCUACGUGAAGUUGGGUCCAGACCUUGUGCCUUAUUUAGUUCAGUACCAGGCCAGCAGCAUGAUCAGAGAGCUCACAGUGAGACAAAGCUUCGGGCGGACCGAGCGCUUGGCCCUCAAAGUCCUGCGGGAGCAGCUGUUUGCACAUAAAUCUGACCUCAUCUGUGCCUUUAAAAAGUUCGACAGCAGUAACACAGGUUAUGUGUGUCUGUCCGACUGGGCCUCUGCAGUGGAGAGUGUGCUGCACCUUGGUCUGCCCUGGAGGAUAAUGCGCUAUCAGCUGGUCACUGGUCGCACCUCUGACGGCUCGAUCGACUACCACGAGUGGUUCAACGAGCUCGCCAUCAAAGGACCCAACGCGGCUCACAUUGACCAGAGUCUGCUUGAGACGUUGUAUCGUCACCGCUCCACCUUGGAGACCAUCUUCAGAAUUGUAGACACGGACAACUCGGGCUUCAUCACCAUCGAGGACUUCCGGCAGACCUGGAAGCUGCUGAGCGUCUACCUAAAGAUGGAGAUCACGGACGACGCCAUCUCCGACCUGGCCAUCACCAUCGACAGCAACCAGGACGGCAGCAUCGACAUCGAAGAGUUCAUGGAGGCCUUCCGCCUCACGGACAAGAAGAGCCGGCUGGAGCGAGGACGCAGCAUGUUCAUGGGGACGGCCACUGACCUCACUAAUCUCGACGUAGACCCCAACAUCUAAGCAGAGAGAGAGACUGAAAACAGACCUCAGCUCAGAUUCCUCGCCGGGCAGCAGAGGGGAGGGGAGAUGAAGCCAACGCAAGCUGCUUCAAUGACGCACAUUGAGACGUAGGAUGCUGCAGAGCAACAGCCGUGUUGAUCUCAUGGGAUUAGAGAGAGGAUAGAGGUCAGGGUAUUUGACAGCAAAUGUUCAAUUCACAUUUUGAUGCAGUUUAUCCACUAAAGUGAAACAGCGAAGGUGAAACACAUUUGUCUCUUUUAUUAAGUUAGAAUAGUUAAAAACUUAUAAUAGGUUCAGUACAGAGAUUAUUAUACAUAAAGUAACAAGAAAUAUCUCAAAAAUAACAAGAAGCCGUUGUAAUUUACAUGAAAAUAAACAAAUAUUUUACAUAACAAUUUUAAACAUAUUUCACCAGUCCUAUGAAGGAUGCAACACAUUUCUUUCAUAAUUGAUUCAUUAUUUCCUCAACUGAUAAAUUUAAUGUUUGGUCUAUGUAACAUUGCAUUGCAAUUUUCUAGAUCCAAAAGUUAAAACCAAAUGUUAAUGAAAACAUUUAUGAAAACUAUAAUGUUCAGACAAUCAAGAAAUAAGAGCAAAUGUUGUCAAAAACAACAGAAUGUUUGUAUUUAUUACUUAAAAAAGGAGUAGACGAUUAAUUUAUUAUCAAAAUAGUUAAACAUUAAUUUUCUGUACCUAAUAAUCGACUAUUUAUUGCAGCCAUAAAGUCCAUAAAAUGUUCCAAUCAGAGGCAUUUCCCUGCUGCCUCUUCAAAUGACUUGUUUUGUUCAACCAACAGUCCAAAACCCGACAAUAUUUACAUUAUAAUGAAACAAACUGAAAAAACGCAACAAAUCUUCACAUUUAUGAUGACAGAAACAGAAUGAUGAUUAUUUUUCUGUCGAUUCACGAUUAACAAACUAUUUGUUUCAGUGUAUAAGUCUUACUCUGUUCAUUAAUGCUGAUUUUCAACAGCCUUGUAUCUACAUGUAUGUGCGAAUACCUGCACUUCUCUUAAAGUAUUUAUAGAUACCAGAAACAAAAGUGACAUUAUAUGAUAAAACAAUGAAUAUUUGUGCAGCUUUACGUCAGUUACACUAAUUAAUUGCAACUUAAAUGUUGCUGGUGCCUUAGCAGUAGAAGCAUUUUAACUUCUAGAGACGAAGUCUGCACUGAUGAUGUUUUGUAUCAGUGCCAACUGCCAACGCUAUACUGGGGUCCCUCCUCGUCUCAUGUGGGACUCGAACCCUCACCUUGUCCAGAACAGAUAACUCAUGUUUUUAUUCAUUUGACUUUUAGGAUGUAUGUCUAUCUCCAAAGUGUUGCUUUGACGCCCAGAACAGUUGCUGUGUGUUGAAGGGAUAGUUCCCCCCUGUUUUCAGUCUUUAUGCUAAGCUAGGCUAACUGGCAGCUGUCUGUAGCAUCAUAUUCAAUCUUGUAUCAAUUUUCUGAUCUGACUAUCGGCAAGAAUGCAAAUGAUAACCAAAACGUUUCCUUUAAGAUAUGGAGACAACAUGAUGUUUCAAUUUGUUUCUGUUCAAUUUUCUGUUGUCAUUGUUAGAUAAAGUUUGCACAUUGUUUAAUAUUAUUAUAACUCAACCAAAAGAGACAUAAGGAUAUCACUCAGUGCAUAUGUGAACAAUGUUGUAUGCAAAAUGUUAAUGUUAUUGUAUGUGGGUUUUGUUUUUUGCAUGCUGACAAUAUAAAAGUUUACUGUAAAUACUUCUCACAGUCAAAUGUGUAGAAUUCCUCUGUGUGUGUUUGUGUUUGAGGUAAGUGAUGUUUAUGAAUA